AUAUUUCCGCAUUUUAAACAUGGAUACAAGUGAUGCACCCCAGAUUUUAGAGCAUAUUUCUCAUAGCUUAACCUUUACACCUUUCGAUGUUAAAUGGAUCCCUUGCAGUGCUAGAUUCUGCCUAUUCGGUCAAAGCCCCAGUGCAAAAGGAGUCUUCCAGAUCUUCCAGUUGAAGAAGGGCAAGAUAGAGAUGGUAUCUGAGUUCAAGCCUGAAUAUGGAAUCAAAUGUUCGACCUUCGAGGCCUCUUCUCUGACAGAUAGAGAUGUCUCUAUCGUUGACUUCAAUGGAAACUUGAUCACCUAUGAUAUAGAGAAAGGUAAAGAAAAGUUCUCUGUCAAAGCUCAUGAAGGCAUGGCUAAUACUAUCCAUGGAAUUGGAGGAGAAGGACCCGAUUAUGGAGCUCCAGAGUUGGUUACAGGUGGUUAUGACGGCUGUGUUAGAGUCUGGGACCCAAGACAAGAAUCUCCAGUAGUAUCACUCGAACCAUCCGAAUCAGAAGAAAUCAAACCUGACUGAUGGUGAGUUAAAUUCGGAAAUGCAUUCAACGCAGAAGAGAGAUGUAUCGUAGCAGGAUAUGACAACGGAGAUGUAAAGUUAUUUGAUCUUAGGAUGAACAUGCUCCAAUGGGAUACUAACCUCAGCAAUGGUAUCUGUGGUAUAGAAUUUGAUCGUCCAAAUAUUCCUAUGAACAAACUUGUUUGUACAACACUUGAAUCUAAAUUCCAUGUCUUUGAUAUGAGAACUUACCAUCCAGAGAAAGGAUAUAGUGGAUUAGAGGAAAUGGCACAUAAAUCUACAAUUUGGGGAGUUUCCCAUUUCCCACAGAAUAGAGAUUUGUUCACAACUCUGGGAGGGAAUGGUUCUAUUAAUUUGUACAAAUAUAAAUACCCAACUCAGAGAUCCCUCAAAGACCUUGAUGAUGUAGAGUAUGGAGUACCAGGAACAGUAGAGCUAUUGAAUGAAAAGUCAAUUGCUCAACAACCUGUAGUCUCACUUGACUGGAACGAUGAGAAGUUCGGCCUUGGAGUUAUGUGAUCUCUUGACCAACAAUGCAAAGUCAUUAUCUGCACAAAGCUGAAUUUGUACUAAUUGCC